CGUGUGACAAUUUUUCCACAUUGGUUAAUCAUGUACUGGCGUCAAAUAAUUCUUUACGUUUUGUAUAAUGUUCACUGUGGAAUAUUUCAAGUUUGAUAUAUAUGUAUUCUGCCUAGUGGUAGCUUAUCGCGUAAAUUCUGCUUUGUAGGACUUUGCAAACGGUUUCAAAUGAAAAUGAAUAACACAUUCCACGUGCAGUUGCAUCGAUGACCGUUGCAAUUGAAGCCUGCGAUGGCGUUGGCCUGGUCCCCUUCUCCGGAGUCUCUUUCCACCACCACCAAGGACCGAGAGGAGCAAUAGCGAUGGAUGUGUAGGCAACGGAGACCAGGGAGAGUGGAGUCGCGUCAGUGCAUAGGCACGAGCUGUGCCGUCGGGCGGAGGACGCGUUACUCGACCUCUUUUAUCUUAUCGUUCCUCACAUCGUCUUUAUCUUCACGCACAUAAUCGUAAACGUCGGUAGUUGAAUGUGAAAAUCAGUUAUGUAGCCGGUAAAACGUAACUCGCAGCACCUCGUAGCUCGAGCAUCCUAAAAAUAUACUCCGAAACGCCGAGCUCCACGAGGAGAAAGGAGAAGGUCUGCGCUCACAAACUGUGAAGUCUACAGUUCGUUUAUUGUGCCCGUCGAUGUGUGCGCGCGUUGGAGCACGCGCGCACGUCUUUCUCGGCUCGUUGUCGCGCGCGCGAAGUGUCUCUUUAACCCAUUGAAUACUCUCGGCCAACACGCACUAGACUCUCACUUCUCGUAAAAGCUCGUUUUUGCGCUGAAAUUUCGAUUUAUUUGAAUUAAAAAAAAGGAUACAUGUUGUGGAAUUACUUGGAUGAAAAAAAGAAUUGUAUAUAUUAAAAAAUAUAUAUCGUAUAAAAAUAAUAACGCACUAAUUAUCGAGUGUUUCUCUUCGAGGGAAAUUCGGUGUUUGUUCCUAUUUGACAAAAGGUUUUACAAGUUUUCACCGUACUUCCGUGGAAUGAUUCAUUCUUGUAAAUACGUAGAAUUUGCAUAAACGCGAAUGUGAAAACUUCCAUGUAAAGUGUGUAAUUAUGUAUGUGACCGCACGAGUAAUGAGUCACGUGCUAAUGAACAGAAAUAGUGGACCCAUAUAAUAGUGGACGGAAUACAGAUGAACGAUCGGGAAUUAGACGUGGACCCGUGUAGCUCUAGCUCGAGAGAAACUCCCGUUCGAAGAAAAACAAUCGAAAUGCUGUCUGCGAUUUUAGAUAGUGGACUCACUGCGAGAAAACGGGAGCGUUGAUUCGAGAAAAGGAAGAACCGCAGGAAGGGACAACCGGUACCGCGACACUGACGUAGUUUGUGUUCUCUUAUCUUGAGGAAGUUUCAACCUGUUAGAAGAUAAGGAGUGACUUGUCGUUCGUACCGUAUAUCUGACGAGCAAUUCGAGGAGCUGGUAUGUCCAAUAAUCAUGAUCAAUGGGUUAGCAUCGGAACGUACCAUAGUUUUAUUUUACUGGAACGAUACCACGCAGUGGAGGAAUCAAUCUCCGGGAUGGAGGUGAAGCCAAUACCAAAGCCGCGAACGGUAGUGACCGAGAGCAGACCGAUACCGGCGCCUCGGAGACUCUUGCCGACGACCACCUUGCCAUCGACUCAUUCCAGCAGUCCGACCAGCGAAUCCAGUCAAUCUGAAAAGAGCGACGAUGUAAAGUCAACCAGCAGUGCCAGCAACGAGAAUACUCGCAGUAACCACGAGUUCUUUCGCAACCUCAGUACAAGCUCGCGCCAAUUGAAGGAUGAGAUCUCGGAGAAGAUGACGGUGAAGGGACGCGCUGUGAUCUCCAGCACGCGGAACGCCAGCAUUCGGCUGGAGAAGUCGGUAAAGAAUCUAUUGUCUCGGCGGCUGUCAUCCUUGAACCAGGACGACGUGGUCGGCCAGGGCGGCGUCCAGAAAAAGCUCAAAGACCCGGUUGAGGAGGAUAGAUGCGUAUCCAUGCCGGCCGACAACAUCUUCAGCAGCAUCUCAUUUUACAGUCCUCUGAGCGGCAAUCUGAGGAGCAUGAAGAACGAGGAGGAUCUAUCCACCGGUGGCAGGCACAGUCCGCCGCCUCCAGUUUAUCCGCCACCCCCGCUUCCGGACGAAUCUAUCUACGACGAGCUGCAGUCCGUCACGUCGGGAAGUAGCGGCCGAUACGACACACUCAGUUCUACGGUGUCCGACAAGAUUGAGCGAGAUUUUCCCGACUUCAACCUCAGCCUUGCGCGGAAUCAGGCUAGCGAUUCUGACCAGAGUCUAAACUUGUCCGAUGUCAAUGUAAGUCUAUCGCUGGACAAGUCUGAAAUCUCUGCCAAAAGAUUGUCGAGAUCGGACUCGUGGACCUUUUACGAUGCCACACCAGGCACGAGAGCUGAGAAUGUCGACGAAGUGGACAGGAUAUCCAGCGUAGAAAAGGAAAGCUUGGAGAGAUCCUUCGAGAGAAAAAUUUCGCCAGUAGACCGAACUUCUUGUGCGUCCCUCGAGAGCCAGGCUUCUAUCCAAAAUUCUCUCUACGAGAAUCUGUCGCCACCGAAAGUUGAUGGUCGGAAAGAAUCGGAACCUACGGCGGUUCCGCCCGACACUAGAUUUCAGAGCAGCAAGUCUGUGCUCUUUGAGUUCGAUCCGUUCGCGAGAACGUCCGAAGAUGAGAAUGUUUAUAGCAAUUACGAGAACAAUGAUAUGAUGCUGCUGGAGACCCUGUUGGCUACCAAUGAUAGCGCCGACAGUACGCUGGAAUUUCAUGAGAGCGCCGAAGAGGAGCAAGAGGACGAGGACUUGACGAAUUCUGCCGUCAAUGUGACACCUCCUGAACCACCCAAAAGAUUUGAUUCCCUUCCCAAGAACGAGUAUGACGUGGCGGAAGGCGUGGAGCAGCCCGAUAAGGUUCAAGCCUCGGGUAAAAAUCCGCCUCUCUUGCCGAAGCUGGCGCAUUUGGUGACCAAAAAGCAACCCGCUGUUCCUCCAAGGAAGCCUUCCAUGAAGGCUCCUCCACUUCCUAAACCAAAUGCGAAUAUGACGGUGACAACGACAACGACGCUUGCCAAUAACGACGAGGAGAGUGUUACCAGUUCUUCGUCGGAGACGCCAAAGCUUACCGAGGAUCAUCGCAAAGUGAGCGUGAUACAAAAAUUGAGGAAACUAGGACAGGAAUCCACGGUGCACGCCAUCAAGCCUAAUGUGAUCAGUUUCGUUAAGAGUGGUAGUAAACUGUUGGGCAGGACUCGUGAGCAUAUUGGUGAGUCCGGUUCGAGGUCGCUACGAAUGGAGAGGCCGAAGGUGAAUGCUCCCUCCAAUCCGGUCACACAUAGGGGACUAGUGUACAGGCCUGGAAUGGGUAUCGAGAGGGCCAAGGACCUCGUGCUGAGAGCGGCAGUGUUGCUCGAUCGGAAAUUAUCGUUCUACGCUGACAAGAGCAUGUCUACGCUGAAAGAGGUCGUGGAAUUAGAGACAGUACACAGUAUUCAUCUGCUUCAGGAUAUCAAGACCAUGGACGGUGAGACGGUCCAUUGCAUCGCGAUUAGCGGCACGGGCAGACCGAGCGUGCACAUUUUCUACGCAAAAGGUAUCGCCGAGAGACGAGUCUGGGCCCAGAGAAUCCUCGAAGCGACCAUACCGAUCUUCUUCACCAAGCACACUGCCGAAUUCACCAGAGCAGGUUGGGCUUACUUAAAGGAAGGUGUGACAGGUACUUGGUUCCCAGCUUGGCUUCUUUUACAAGAAAGAACGUUGAUUUACACAAAGGCCUUGGAAUCUACCUAUGCUGUGAAUUUUGAAUACGUGGACCUGAGGAAAGCGCGCUGCAUCGUGUUGCGAGAUCAAGAAGGGCCGAUUGCCGGAUGCGGAAUGGUUCCAGUGGUAGUUGCGGAUGCCGGGGGUAGCGGUGCCCUACAUAUCGCCACAUCGGGCAACCAUGAGUCGACCGCCUGGCGACACGCGCUUUAUCAAGCAGCUACGAACUGCGGCCCUGCUUUAGACCAACAGCAGAUUACGCAGGAUAAUGUGCCCGUCAUCUUGGACAAAUGUGUCAACUUCAUCUAUGCCCAUGGUAUGAUGACGGAGGGUAUUUAUCGUCGCAGCGGCUCGAGCAGUGCCGUAGUAAAGCUAUUAGAAGCUUUUAGACGAGACGCAUGGGCCACACAAAUAACACGGAACUUGUAUUCGGAACAUGACGUUGCCACGGUUCUUAGAAGAUUCCUACGGGAUUUACCGGAUCCCAUAUUCCCUCCUACUAUACACGACCGGUUGUGCCUCGCUUCAGAAUCGACUAGUGAAGAAAAUAGAGUGGCGACUUAUCAGAAAUUAUUAUCCACUCUGACUCCCAUAACGUCGGCGACGCUUCGCCGAAUCCUAGCGCAUCUUCAUGGUCUCAGUCAGCAGAGCGCCAGGAAUCUGAUGACCGUCGAAAAUCUCUCGGCAGUCUGGGGUCCGACUCUGAUGCAUGCCGGCGAGAACAGCGCCGAGGAGUGGAACCGGGCGGAGACCAAGGUCGUCGCUGAUCUCAUCAAACUGUAUCCGAAACUUUAUCAAUUGUCGUCGGCCGACCUCGCCAAGGAAGCGAAGAUGCUAGAGGUUCUGGAAAAACACGUGUCUAACAAUGGACCGCGAGGUGCCCCCUCGGGAGACCUAAAAGUCUGGAUAUACAUCUUGUCGCCGAAUGGAGAGUGUGUGAACGUCACCAUCGGGCCUCAGAAGACUGCAUUCGACGUGUGCCGAGAACUCGCCGAGAAAGCCAGCUUACCGUCUCACGAGCUGUGUCUAGAAGAAUAUACCCUGUCUGGCGCGUUGGAGCGACCGAUGCAUCACAACGAGCGUGUCCUGGAAACGGUGGCAAGAUGGGGAUACUGGGACUCGGAUGACAGGAAGGAUAACAUCCUUGUCCUCAGGAAGGACCGGUUGUACAAGGACAUCGUGCCUCUGGUAAAGCCGCCUAUGACGAUCUCCGGCGAACUUAAGUUUGCGGACACCAAAACGAAAAAUCUGAAGACUUACCUCUUCGAGUUCAGCCAGGCGAAACUCUAUUGUUACAAGGAUAAGGUCUGCUCCGUAAAACUUCAUGAAUGGAGGAUAGAGGAUAUUAUCUGGUACUUGGGACACGAGCCUAAACGCAAUCCACAAAUGGGCUGGUCCAUUACGUUUAUCAUAAAAAAUAAGAAACCAACGAGAUGUAAGGAGAGCCCGUAUUUCGGAAAUAUUUUGGCUGGCUCGUCCAAAGACGAGCAAUACAGAUGGUUAGCAGCUAUGCUCUUCGCAGAAUAUCAAUUAAAUCUCCGACCAUCAGCGGUGAAUCUUAUGGAUCCAUGACCGAUUAAAGCCAUUUAGUGCCUCCAAAGUGAUUGAUAAGUGAUAUUUUUCUACAUAAACCAUGUUACAGACUCGGAACAAAUAUAAAUACGUACAUAGUGUCGAUUAACAGAACUGAUUAGUUUUAUGUUUUAUAGUUUUUUAAAGCAUAGUAUCCUAACAGAUACUCUGAUCUCGUCUAACACACUUAUGCACAUGUAAAUUAACUUGUCCUGUUACGAAUCGAUUAAAUGUGGCCAGGAACCUCGUCUUAGUUACGAAUCAUUGAUGCUGUGAGUCUACCGUUAUAAUUAAGUUAACAGGAACGAUAAUUAUCGUAUAAUAUAUGACAAAUUAUGGAAUACAUGCCAUUUAUAAAAAAUAAAAUUAACGAUAGAUGAAA